AGAGAGCGAGGAAGUCUAACUCACACCUGCAUCAUUAUGUUAACAAUAAUGUUGUCUGAGUCAGUGCAGUAGAUAGAUCCGUCGCAGAGAUCGGUUCAAGUCGCGAUAAUACACGUUCUCUUCCACUUCACAAAUUCGCCUUAACUAUAUUGAGCUGGUUCGUACACUUAAUAAUAUGACGGACCCAAGGCUCGAGGAUCUAUUCCGCAGCUGUGAUAAGAAAGGCACCGGCCUGAUAGGUCCGGAUGAGUUCAGAGAGCUGUGUGCCGGUUUCGAUAUUGGACCAGCGGAUUCGGACGCCAUUUUUGAAGACCUCGAUCAUGACGGCGACGGCAAAAUAAGUCUUAAUGAUUUUGCUUGGGGCUUCAGGAACUUUUUGAGUUUGGACUCUGAGAACAGAAGACUGUCGAACGAAAUUGCUCAAGAUGUGAGUCGGCUCUCAUCAAUGCGAAGACAGUCGGAAGCCCAUGUUGCUUGGGGUCACCUGGUCGCUGGAGUUGGUGAAGCCAACAUCGACAAAUUCCUGAAUAACAGUGGGAAAAAGUUGGCAAAUCUAUACAAAGAACUUCAAACAGUAGACAACUGUCCUCAACUUGUCACACAUUUUGAAGGGGCACUCAGCUCUCUAGUGGAGGAUGUCAAACAGUUGCAUGAAGACAAUCAGAAACUAGAAGAAAUGUUCAAGCGGGAGAGAGAAAAUCAUAUAUCACGACUGAGGGGACUUGAAGAGGAACUUGAAGCCCAAGUGGCGCGAGUCGAGGCCCAAGCACACGAGGAAGCCCGAAAUAAAUUCGAUCAGGAAAAACGGUUACUGGUUAAAAAAAUGGAAGCUGAAACUCUUGAGCUACAAACACAUCUGAAUCUAUUCCAAAAAGUUAACAAACUACUCACUGAGAGCAAACGGAGGGGACGCUUAGACUCGGAAAUGCCUUCCCCAGCCGAAUGCGAAAACCUCAAAAUGCUUUUAUCCGACACUAAAGCCAACCUGGAGCUUGUUAGAGCUGAAAUGGUACAACUCAAGUCAGAUUAUGAGAGAAAGUGUAAAGAGAGUUACAGCCAGAAAGAGUUAUUGAUGGAAUACAUGAAUAAAGAAGAUCAUGCUCAUCAUCAACUCCGUCUAUUACAAGAAGCCAAUUCAAAACUGAACGACACCAACGAGAGUUUACUGAAUGUGAUGGAUAGAACUUGUGUUCGUUCCCCUUGUUUUUCUCGUGCAAGCUCUUUAGACUCUGCAGAAAGGAAAGUAAAAAGACUGGAAAAAGAUGGAAUGUCCGAUUGCUCCAGUGGAAUAAAUGAAUAUUCUCUUAGAGAUGAAGAAGUUGUGCCUUUUGGCAUUGAAAGGUUGAUAGAGGAUAUUGACAGUGGAAGAUCAACAAUGAAGGACACGGCGGACUGUGACAGUUAUCAGUCGAAAUCGAUCAAAUCUUUACAAGAGAUAAAUCUAAUGGAUAGGAAAUCGCAAAAUAUGUGCAACUAUGAUUCUGCAAGGUCUAGUCCGACAAGAAUGGAUUGUCCACAGCAUUGUACAACCAGAGCAAAUUCCAUCCUGCUUGGUAGCACAUAUGGAGAUAUGGACCCCACUGGACCACCUGAUAGAACCUUCAAAAUCCUGUUUGCUGGUGAUUCUUCAGUUGGAAAGACAAAUUUCAUACAUCGAUUCUGUAAAGGUCUCUUCUCAAAAAACCUUGGAUCUACUGUGGGGGUUGAUUAUCAGGUGAAAACAAUAAGGAUAGAUGAGAAGAACGUCACUCUUCAGCUCUGGGAUACUGCAGGUCAAGAGCGAUUUAGAUCCAUGACAAGAUCAUACUUCCGUCGGUCAGAUGGUGUUAUGCUGCUUUAUGACGUGACAAGUGAGAGAAGCUAUGUCAAUAUAAGGGAUUGGAUGCAAUCUAUUGAGGAGAUAUCUGGAAGUCGUAUACCAAUAAUGAUGUGUGGAAAUAAAGUGGACGUAAGGGAAGAGGCCAAGGCGGAGGGUCUAAGAUGUAUAACAGAGGAGCAAGGAAUGAAAUUGGCAGCACAGUAUGGAAGUCUGUUUGUAGAGACAAGUUCAAAAACAGGCCAAAACAUUGCUGAUUCUCUAUUUGCACUAACAAGGGAAAUGCUGACGAGAGAAGAUGUCGAAGUGAAAACUUCAGCUUUGCAAGUGAUCCCUGGUGAAAAAAAUCGAUCUUGUUGCAGCAAAAAAUGAACAUAUUAAAGUUUAUAAAAUGAUUUGAAUACAGUAUUCAGCUGUUUGGAUUUUUAAAUUAUUUUUGUUGGAAAUAAUAAUUUUAAUCUCUCAACUUU